UCUUCACAAAAGUCGUACACAUCACGGAAUCGGGAGGGAACCUCCGCUUCUGAAAACACCACCUAUCGAGACGUUAAAACCGGGCCUUCGCCUCUUCGGGCCAAUGUCACAGCUUCCACGCUAGGACUCUUAUUCAAACACGCUCUCAUCGCGCUCACUCACACAUCUGCAUAAGGUGGAUGUCGAAGAAAGAGCCAAAAGUAGGUGUGGCAAGGGCGAGACACACAGGAUCUAGGUUCUAGUAGAACUCAAACAAUUUCUUAAUCUUGAUCACUAGGUUAGCAGGUCAUCGUUAAUCACAAGUCAGAUGCUCCAAACCUCUUUUUUCUUUUUCUUUAAUAUUCUUUUCCUUGCUGCGUUGGCUGCUAUUUCGGGGUGCGGCAGCGUUGCUGACAUGGGAUGGUAAUACACUCUGGUACUGCAUUCCCUCGACCUGAAGCAAGCAUCGUAUUUGACUGGGUGCACAACUAAUAUCUGUUCGUUUGCAUGACUGAGGUGGGGCUCCGGGUCGACACCAUUGCGACGUGUAUUGGAAGAGGUUUGAGAGUUUGGGGGUUGUUGUGGGUUAUAUUAGGCCCUCCCUCCUUCAAAGCAGAGAGGAUAUCAUACCUCCUCAAUGUUUCGCUUUAGGAGGCCCUCCCAGUAGAGGAAACCAUCUCUCCUCAAUCCCACUUUCCCUCUAGAAGAGGGGUUCUGACGAUGCGGGCUUCUUUCCUCUCUGCGCUUUUGGGCGUUUUCGCUUUAUCCGAUGUUGCACAAACCUCAGAUGAAUACCCGGAAGCCACGGGAGCUACCCCCUCUCACUCUAAUUGCCGCUGUUUUCCUGGAGACCCUUGCUGGCCGUCAACACAGAAAUGGGGCAAAUUGAACGCUACAGUCUCUGGAAAAUUGAUCGCUACCGUUCCCCUCGGCACUCCUUGCCAUGCACCCGAUUACGAUGCGGCCAGAUGCCAGUAUAUCAAGGAAAAUUGGCACUUUCCCGAACUCCAGUAUGUGGACCCCCCCUAUCUCUGCCCCGAGAACCCCCAAUUGGUAGAGCCAAGUUACUGAUCGACCAUUGCAGCGACGAAUCCUCGAGUUCAAUUAUGGCGCCAUUCUACGCUAAUAGGAGCUGCGA